CUGAUUAUGAACGGCGAUGAAGGGGUCUUCGAUAUCGUCGUGGUCGGCACCGGGCUGACCGAGUCUAUUACUGCUGCCGCACUUGCCAAGGCCGGCUUCAAGGUAGCACAUCUUGACGAAAACCCCCAUUACGGGGCAUCCGAAGCCAGCCUCUCAUUUGACGAGCUCGUCACCUGGCAGUCCGCCCCCCGCCCUGGCUUCUCGCACUUCUCGCGCUCUAGCGAUACCAUACCGCAACCGCGCGCUUAUUCCUUGUCGUUGUCGCCGAGCUUGAUCCCAUCUACUGGCCCACUCAUCGACGCCCUUGUCGCAUCAGGGGUCUCUAGAUAUGGCGGGUUUAGACUAUUAGAGCGUGUUUGUCUCUACCACCCGUCUGGCAUCGCCAAGCCUGUUCCGGGAAGCAAGGAAGAUGUCUUCAAGAGCAAAGAGAUUUCGCUUGUCGAAAAGCGCCGUCUGAUGCGCUUUCUGCAAUUCGCGGCGGGAGAAUUCGAGGACAAGAAGGAUCUGGAGGGACAUAAGGACACCCCGUUCCCGGAAUAUUUGCGCUCGGUGUUUUCGCUCAACGAGGAGAUCACGACAGCUAUCGUGUAUGCUUUGGCCUAUUGUCUUACCCCCAAAGAUGCUACGCUUCCUGCUCUUCAUCGACUACGGAGAUAUUUACGCUCAUCCGGACGUUAUGGCGCCUCCCCAUUCCUCAUCGGGCACUACGGCAGCUCGGGUGAAAUCGCACAAGGCUUCUGUCGCACUGCUGCUGUUAGCGGCGGAGUCUAUAUUCUCGGUCGACGCAUCGAAACUAUUGACUCGUCCGACCAAGAAAAACAUAUCAUCCGCCUGGAAGAGUUUCCAGAACCAAUUUCCUGUUCGCUCCUCAUAUCACGAUCCGCUCCAGGCAUUUCUCCGGUGCCUCCUUCAUCCGAACCUUCAUCGCCCUUCUCGGUCUCUUCACCAAGUCUUACUGUUGCAAGAUGUAUCGCAAUCGUCGACGCGCCUAUUCUGUUCAACCCGCCUGUAGAACAGUCAGAGGAUACUGAUUCACCUCCCCCGCCUACCCCAAGCGAUACUGGCGUAAUCGUGUUUCCGCCAUCAUCCUUGCCCGCCGGAGGGUCCGCAACCGCAUCAGCGAAUGCAUUAAUCGUCGGUGAAGGAACAAUGUCUUGUCCUCGAGGAAAAUGGCUCAUUCACCUCUCUCUACCCCUCGUCGAAGACAUCGACGACGCCGACCCCAGAACGUUAUUGGAGCCCUACCUCAAUGCAACACUAGGCUUGGCUGCGGCCCCGCUAGUGCCGUUAUUCGCGACGUACUACCUGCAACAUCCAACACCAAGCUCGGAGACAAACAAGACCGAAGGCAUGAAACUGGCGCCAACGCCGCUUCCGCCAAUCCUGCCUCUGCCGGAUGCCGGGGAUGCGGCUGCAGUCCAUGCGCAGGACCUCUUCUGGGCUGCUGUGAAGGCAAUGGGGCAGGAGAGCGAGGUUGCUGCGUUCUGGCCGCCUUCAGAAGGACAAGAUGAUGGAAAUGACGGGGACUAG